AUGUUGUUCAAACGCCUACCCUCGGAAGAUUCGCAGGAACCACGACUACUACCAAAUUUAAUUGAUGAAAUCGCCCUUCAUGAUCCUUCAAGAAUUUUCGCAAUAAUCCCAGGUUUCCAAGACCCCAACGAUUUCAUACAUAUCACAUUCCGAGAUCUUGCAAAAGCGAUCGACCGUACAGCAUGGUGGAUGAAGGAAACUUUCGAUCACGGUGGAUCUUCCAAGGUAUUGGUAUAUGUUGGUUCUUGCGAUAUAUUAUAUCAUAUCGUUAUUGUUGCGGCUGCAAAACUUGAAUUCGAGACUUUCCUCCCUUCUCCAGAAAACCCUGACGAAAUGUUUCCACAACUAUACCUCGCAUCCAAAUGGUCUCAGCUUGUCGUUAGCGAAAGAUUCGCCGAAGAACAUAACAUACGCGCGAAUAAUGGAGGCUUCGGUCGGUUUGUGACGCUCUCACCAAGUCUAGAAUAUAUACUGAGAGCGAGAAAUAUUUCCCGGCCCGCUCAAUUCACGCUCACGAGCCAAUUCGAAGAAGUUGCCAAUAGUCCGUUCGUUGCAUUUCAACUGAAAGAUGGCCAAUUCGUUAAAGCCAAUCACUCUUGGACCUGUUCGUUCGACCCCUGCUACCCAAAUGCCGGCUUGGAAGGCAAAAAUACAGUAUAUGAAGAUUUCAUAGGGAGACGAGUGGUCAACGCGAUACCACCCUACCACAUUGUCGGGUUCAUUAUCGGUCUCUUAUAUCCAGUCUACUAUGGGACACACACAGUCUGGUUUCACGCUGAUGCACCAGUGACUUGCACACAGAUAGAAACGAUGCUGAGCAGAAUUCCGGCUGAUACCACAUUUAUGGAGCCGUCGAUGCUUCAAGGCGCCGCUUGUUACAGUUGUUUUCAACAAAAGCUGGGCCAACAGGCUGCUGUACUCCCAGGAGGUUCGGUACCAUCCACAUUACGAUCACAGUUGUUUUCUAGCAUUUGGUUGGCCCACAUGGUCCACACUAUUUUGCUGAAAGAUGAGAUUCUCACGUCAAAUGAUUGGCAGUUUUUCCAAUUCCCGUUCACUCAUCUACAGCCACACCAAGCAACCUUUUCUGAGUUGUGGAGAUGCGAUAUAAAUGGUUGUCCCAGAAAAAUUGAAACCGUGAACGACGACUCGGCAAAUUAUCCUGCAACUGAAAGCGAUGUUGCUUUCUAUAUGGAAGUCGAAAAAGUCAGCCAAUCCUUCAAUCACGAUUCCACCCUGACCGGAAUAGUGCUACCACGCCAUGAUAAGGUAAAAAGAAUGGUUAUAAUAACAAAAGAAGAACUAGCACCGAGAGCGUUCAUCAUACUCAGAGGGCAAUUUGCAGCCUCUGAUAGUACGAAUGCUGAAAAAAUCCAACAUUAUCUACAGAUCCUUGAGAAGCUCCGGCCUACACUUGCGCUGGUGACCAAGAAUUAUAACCUUCCGGUACCAAUCCCCGACGAGAACAUCAUCUUUACUUCUGAAGACGAAUGCUCCCUUGAUGCAGAUGAUAGAGAAAUCGUCCAGCAAUUUGCAGAUCAUAUCAAUAUGAUGGAAAGAAUGCCACUUAUUGCGGAUGACAUGAUGAAUAGAAGCUCUGCACUUGAAAAUGAGGAGUAUUUGAUCUCGUAUAUACAAAUGGCCAUAGAGACGAUAACAAAACUAGGGAAGCGCUGUCAGGUUGACUUCGAUAUCUUUGGAGCUGGAGGACUGGGUUGGAAGCAGCUCGUUAAGUUGGUCGCUUUUCUAAAAGCUGUAUUGGCUGACGAGGAUGCCUCAUUGAUAACGCCAAAGCUGAUUUUUGAGUCUCGAACACCAACCAAUCUCGCGCGGUCAGUAAAACGUAUCUCGGAGGAAUGGUUUGCAGCUCAACGAGUAUUCAAAACAGGAGCAAGCUUGUUUGACGUUCUUGAAAAUUAUUUUGAUCGCUUGUCGGAAAUGAAACAUGACCCAAAUCGAAAUAAAGGUUCUCCGCCUGCAGAAGAGGGGGGGCUGGUGGUCAUGCUCACAGGAAGCACUAGAUCCCUCGGAAGUUAUAUGCUUGACGCCCUUCUUUCACGACCAAACAAUCACUUCAGGAAGGUGUACUGCAUCAACACUAGUCGAGGUCGUUCUGCGGCUCUGAGAUAUCGAACCGCAGCCAAUAAUCUACCGGCACAUCAGAAUGGUGGAGACCGAUUAUUUUUUCAGCAAGCCGAUCUGUCUUUACGCAGAUUUGGCCUUAGCAGCACCUUAUACAAAGAGCUACAAGAUAGUGUACAAGUCGUUAUUCAUACUUCAUGGAAAGAGGAUCUCAACGCUGGUCUAGCGGCUUUCAAGACAUCUCUGGAUGGCUUACUGAACCUAAUAAGGUUCUCGACCGAGUCUCGACAUCGACCUAUCAUAUGUUUUGCUUCGUCUACGAGAUCUGUAGGGUGUUAUCGCACGUUACCAGGCAACUUUGCUCCGGAGUGUCAAAUUGCGGACGCGGAAGCACCUACAAAAGAUGGAUAUGGUCAAUCGAAAUGGAUCGGCGAGCAGAUGCUGAGUGCGGCAAGUGAGAAUUGUGACGUGAGAAGUGUUAUUUGGAGAAUUGGUGAGCUUGCCGGCCCAGUAAAUCAACAAGGAGAGUGGCCCAAAGAAGGAUGGCGGGGAUCACUGAUAACCAGUUCCAAGUACCUGAGAGCAGUUCCGACUUUUGGCUGGAUCCAUCUAUUUUACUUAAUCCCUAUCGACGUAUUGGCUUCGAUACUGGUCGAGAUUUGCGAGAAUGUCUACCCCGAGCUUGUCUCCAAUAGCAAUGAUUACAUGAAGGCCAAAUACUACAAUGUCAGAAACCCGGAAGAUAUGGCUUGGGAGACACAUAUAGUCCCAGCGGUAAUGCGCGUUCUCAAAAGUAAUGGGAUUGAAGAUAUGCAGAACAUGAGAUGGGGUGAAUGGCUCGAGUUGCUCGAAGCUAGUCAAGGGAACGACGGAGAGAAUCCGGCAUUCGAUUUACUCAACUUCUACAAGAACGUCGAAAUUGGUGGGGGAGUCGGAUGCCUCGCGCUUCACAAGGAAUGCGCCUUUGAGAAGAGUGCGAUCUUGCGCGGACUGGAUGGUACAAAUCAAGUGAGGUGGCUUGGAAUAUGGCUUCAGCAGCUGGGAAUCAUACCUACAGCUCCAGGAGCGAUCAUCCAAGGAACUGCUGGUGUUGAGUUUUAG